AUGUUUUUUUUUAAAAAUAUAAGAAAAAUUUGUUUUUAUACAAAAAUAUAUGAGAAUAUAAAAAUAGUAAAAGAUUUAAAAGCUAAAAGUAAAGCAACUGAAAUUAUAGAAAAUGUGAACAAAAAUCAACAUAGCAAUAUUGGAGACAAAAAAAAACUUGAUAGCACAAUUUCUUAUGACGAUAAUGAAUUUUAUAACAAUAUUUAUACCAAGUUGAAAGAGAAAAAAAGCGAAAACGUUCACGAGAAAAAAAGCGAAAUUGUUCACGAGAAAAAAAAUAGACAAAAAUCGAUUAUCAGUAGUGAUAACGAAAGUGUAAUAAACAACUUUAAGGAAAUUGUAAAAAAUAGCGAAACUAAUAAUAAAAAUAGAUACCUGAUUAAUAAGCAAGAUAAUAUAAAUAGUCAGAACCCUCAUUCAAAUGGGAAAUAUUUAAAAAGAAAAGAAAUAUAUUUAAAAUAUAAGGAUGUUAGUUCAAAUCAAAAUAAAUUUAAAAAGGAGAAAAGAAACUUGAAAAAUGAGCAUGAGCAAAAUUGCAAAAAAAAAGCCAACGAAAUAAGAGAUAGGGGUGGGAAAGACAACGAAAUAAGAGAUAGGGGUGGGAAAGAUAAAAGAAAUGUAUUUGAAAAGAGUUGUAAAAAUAUUGAAUGCAAUUUUGUAGGAUCUGAUUUUAGAGAAAAAAAUAAUAAUAAUUAUGUACAUGUUAAAUAUGAAAAAUAUUGGGAUAUGGAUAAAAUUGCUGAACUAGAAAAUGCUGACAAAAAUGAUGGCAAAAAUGAUGGCAAAAAUGAUGAUAAAAAUAAUGAUAAAAAUAAAAUUUUAAAAGGAACAUUAUUUGUAUCUCCGUUUGACACAACUAAAGCAUUUGUUGUAGAAGAAAAAGUAGAACCCAACACAUCUAAAAUAAAAUAUUAUAAUGUUUAUGGAUAUAUUAGUAGAAAUCGAGCCUUAAAUAAUGACAUAGUAUAUGCAUAUACAUCUAGGCGAAAAAUAAUCAAAAAAAGCAUAAAAGAAAAUGAAAAAAAUGAAGAGAAUGAAAAAAAUGAAAAGAAUGAAGAGAAUGAAAAGAAUGAAAAAAAUGAAGUAGAGUUGAAAUAUAUAUUUGAUAAUGAAAGCAUAAAGAACAAAACAAAUGAAGAAGAAAAUUUUUGUAGAGUUAUUAAGGUUUUAGAACGAAAAAAUAUCGAAAUUGUAUGCAAUUUAAACUAUUUAAAUAUUAAAGAAUAUAUAAAUAAUUUAUUUGAGGCAAAAAGGGGAUCAACUGUGUUAAUAGAACAAGAAAAGGAAAGAGAAAAGGAAAGAGAAAAGGAAAAGGAAAACGAAAACGAAAACGAAAAAGAAAACGAAAACGAAAAAGAAAAGGAAGUAUUUGCAAAAUUUCAACCCAUAGAUACAAGACUUCCAUGUUUUAUUUAUGAUUCAAGAGAUAAAAUAACAAAUAGAAUUUUAAAUUAUAUUAAAAAAAAAAAACAAAAUUUUUAUGUUUUAAUAAAUUUUCGAAAAUGGGAAGAAAAUGAAAUAAACCCAACAGGAGAUAUAAUUUCGAUUUUAGGAAAUGAACAAAACUUUUUUUCAAUUAUAUAUUUUUUUUUAUAUUUUUAUAAAGUUAAUUUUCAUAUCUAUAAAAAAAAUGAAAUGAAUUAUCUAAAAUCUGAAAUAACAAUUGGAAACAAACUUAUAGACACUUUUAUUGAAAGAAAAAAAAAAAGUAUAAAUGGAGAUAUCAAAUAUGAUUAUUUUUCCAAAAUAAAUUAUUUAAAAGAAAUUCAAAAAAAAAAAAAAAAAAUAGAAAAAUAUAUGAUUAAAAGUCUUUUAACAAAUAGAGAAAUAUUAACACAUCUAGAUGUGUUUACAAUAGAUCCACCAAAUGCAAAAGAUUUAGACGAUGCAUUAUCUAUUCAGUUUAUUCCUCUUGAUGAAUUUUCAAAUAUAAAAUAUAAAUAUAAAAUCGGUGUUCAUAUUUCGGAUGUUUCUUUUUUUGUUUCUCCAAAUUCGUAUUAUGACAAAAUAGCUGCAACCCUUUGCAACACCCUCUACAUGGAUUUGAUGGUCUUCCACAUGCUGCCUCCAAUAAUAAGCGAAGAUGUUUGCUCUUUAAAUACAUCUGGAAAUAAAUUGUGUUUUUCUGUUUUUUUUUAUUUGGAUAAUUUAUCAAAUCCAUAUGAAUAUAUAAAAGAAAAAAAUAUUGAAAAUGUUGAAAUGAAAAAAAGCAUAAUAAAAAAUAAAUAUAAAUUAUGUUAUGAUUCUGUUGAGAAUUUUAUAGAUGAUGUUUAUGCAAGGAUAGAAUAUUUGGAAAAAAAUAAAAACAAAAUAAAAAUAGAAAAUGAUUAUAUAAAAGAGUGGGAAGAGAAGAUACUAAUUAAUGGAAAUGUUGGGAUAGAUUAUUUAAUUACAGAUUUUGAAAAAAUAUGUAAUAAAUAUAAUUUGUCAAUAAAAAUAGCUAGUGAUAUAUUUAGAUUAUAUUUAUUAUCGAAAGAUAUUAAAAAUAAAACAGGAAGAAAAACGAUAAGUCAAAAUGAAAUGUUAAUGUUUUUUUUAAAUAAUAAAAAUGAAACGAAUAAAAUGGUUCCCAUUUCUAUUGAUCACGUCAAAAAUGUUUUAAAAAGAACAGAAAUAAAUUGCGAACAGGAAAAAGUGCUUGGGAAUGCCGAUGAACUGGUUGGAAAUGACGAUAAACUGCUUGGAAAUGACGAUGAACUGCUUGGAAAUGACGAUAAACUGCUUGGAAAUGACGAUAAACUGCUUGGAAAUGACGAUGAACUGCUUGGAAGCAUAUUUGGAGAUGUAAUUAAAAAAAUGGAUGUUAAAAAUAUCGAAAUAAAAAUAAUAAAAAAUAAAAUUAAAAGCCAUAUGUUGAUAGAAGAAAUUAUGAUUUUUACAAAUUUUUUAGUUGCUAAAAAAAUAAGUGAAUAUAAUAAUGUAGGAAUUUUAAGGAUACAUGAUGAUACAACAAACGAAAUAAAAAAUAAUUUAUUACAAAUUAUAGAUCAUAAUACAUAUAAUAAAAUAAAUAAAAUAAUAAAUAUAAAAAAAAAUAAUAUAAAUAAUAUAUUAUCAAUUUGUGAACAAGUUUUAAAUAAAAAUAGUUUUUUAUGUUUACAAUAUAACAUUUUAAAAUUAUAUAAGCAAGCAAAUUAUGUUCCAAAUCUUAAAAAUAAUGAAAAUACAUAUCAUUUUGGUUUAAAUUUAAAUAAUUAUAUUCAUUUUACAUCUCCAAUUCGGAGAUACAUAGAUAUAAUUACACAUCGUAUUUUAAAUAAUAUUUUAGAGAAAAAAAAACCAUUAUAUACUUAUGAUGAAAUUAAAAAAAUAUGUGAACUUUGCAAUAUUCAAAAAAAAAAAACAGAUGAUAUACAAAUACAUAUGAAGAACUUUUUUCUUAAUAAAUAUCUUGUUUAUUUAAAUGAGGAAUAUAAAACUGUGAGUGGAAUUGGUAAUAUGGAUUUAAAAAUGGAGAAAUAUAAAACUGUGAGUGGAAUUGGUAAUAUGGAUUUAAAAAUGGAGAAAUAUAAAACUGUGAGUGGAAUUGGUAAUAUGGAUUUAAAAAUGGACCAUUUUGAAAAGUGUGUGGGAAAAGAGUGCGAUACUGAAUUAUACAAAAAAAAAUUUUAUAUUUAUAAAAAUAUUAUAAGUUUUAUGACUUAUAGUUAUAUAGAUGAUAUUAUUAUAAAAAAAAGUAUUAAAAGAAAUAUAUGUAUAAAUAUAUUAAAUAAUAACUAUAUAAAUGUUAAUGAAAAUGGAAUAAUUUAUGAGUCGAAUUGUUUAGACAAUAUUUACACAUGUUAUAUCCCAAUUUUAUUAUCUUCUGAUAAAAAAAAUGAAAAUUUAUUUGAAAAAAAUAUUACAUCUAAGAAUAAAGAAAAUGAUUCUGUUCCAAAUGAUGUAAAAGUGGAUAGAUAUUAUGAUGAUAUUACAAAAUUAGAAUAUGCAAAUUCUAAAUGUGAUGAAAAAAAAAUAAAAAAUGCUAUUUCUUUUUAUGUACCAUUAUUAGAAACUGAAAAAUCAGUUAGUGAAAAUUUAUUAAACUUAAAAUUUGAAUUUAUAUAUAUUUCAUUUCAAGAAGAUAGAUUUAUUUAUAAUACUGUUUUUGAUAUUUUAUACAAAAUAAAUUGUAAAAAAAAUAAUGAAGAAGAAAAUGGAGAAACUAAAUUAAAAACAGAAUGUUUAGAUAAUAUUUAUAAAAAUAUUUUAAAUAUAAAAAUAAAAGUACAAUAUAAAAUAUUCAAAUUAGAAAAAAAUGAAAUAAAAAAAAAAUUCCAAAAAAUUUAUGAUAAUUUAUAUAUUCAUGGUAUUUAUGCUAAAAUAAUAGAUAAUGUAAAACAAUUAAAAAAAAAUGAAUCUAUGAUUUGUGAACAGUUUGAAAAUAAAAUAAAUGAUUAUAAAGAAAUGUCUUAUAAUUUUGAUAAUGAAAAAUCGAUAUCUAAAAAAGAAAAUUAUAAUUUGUCAAAUGUGGAAAAAGACAAUUUAAAUAGUGGCCUUAUAAUAAAUAAAGAUGAUAAUAAAAAUGGUGAUAAUGAUGAUGAUAAAGAUGAUGAUAAAGAUGGUAAUAAUGAUGGUGAUAAUGAUGGUGAUAAUGAUGAAGAUUUUCUUUUCGAUCAAUAUAAAGAAAUAAACCGAUUUGAAAAAAAUAAAAUUUUUAUAAUUCCUGGAGGAAAUAUGUGGAACCUACGUUUUCCAUAG